AUGAAUACACAAUUGAAGGUCAAAAAGCUUAUGGAUUCAUUAACUGAGGAGUUGAUGAGUCCCAAUAAUACAUCUAUCGUGAAGUUAAACAGCCUCAUAGAUACAGUACAGUUAAAUUUGGCUAUUAUCGCAAAUUUGGAAAUUGACCCAAAACAAUUAAUGUCAGCUAUAAAAUAUGUACUAAGUUCUUCAGAAAAGACAGGGUUGGACUAUACUUCUUUAAUAGCUUUACUAGAUACUCUUCUCAGGUUGUCUAAUUUUGAAGACGUCCUUCAGGUAUUUUCAGUCGAUGACAUCAUGCGAGCACUACAGAGCAAUAUCACUCCUUUAAUUCAGUGUGCAUGCAAAAUACUUACUGUUUCGUACCCGAAGGACCUCUUCUCUACAACGAAUAUAGUGGAUGUGCUUUUAAAAUUGUACUUCAAGGAGGAUACGGUGGUUAUAAGUGGGAUUGAAGUUGUUUUCCAAAGCUUAUGUGUGAAUCAACUAAUAAGAAGACGUAUUUUGGAGAACAAUUAUCCUCUUAUUAAAAGUAUGCGGGAGACGUCAGAUGUUAUAAUGUUUUCCCGUCUUUUGGAAUUAUUCAACAUUUUGAUUCAACAUAUAGAACGUUCUGAAUUCCUGGAGGAUUUAUUCAUCCUCAAUCGAGAGGAGAUCAAAAAGUCACUGAGGAAAGACAUUUUUCUAUUUAUUAAUGUCACAAAGUAUUACCAAUCUUUGCUUCGUGUGUCAACUCAGGAUUCAAAGGACCAUACGGCAAAAGCUUGGGCCUUGAAUUCAAUAUUACCUGUUCUUCCAGUUUUUGGCUACAUAUAUUUAAACAAGAACAGAUAUGUUGAUGUACACAGCUUUGCAAUGGCAUAUCUGUUCCAACUAUUCAGGGCGAUUUCUUACUUGGAAGGAAUUGAUAUUCUUCGUGAAUUAGAUAUUCAGUACCUCCACAUAUCUAUGGAGAACGACGAUAUUAGCCACUUUCUUGCAACUCUCAAUCCAAGCUACUUUUUAAAGUAUCAUGUAGAGUUGCUACAAUCACACAUCUUUAUCAAACCUUCAAUGUUGCAGGUGGUAAAAAAUAUCAUAUCCUGCAAAGAGACUUUCGAGGUUAUAAAACCAGCAAUAACAUCUGACUCAAUCCUUGCCAUGCCCUAUACUGAACAAAUGAUUUUACUUAAAAGGCUAAGCGAAUACCCUUAUUCGGCUGAAUAUUUAAUUCAAGAAUUGCCAAAAGUGAUCACUAACCUAAUAACCAAUGAAAACGGCCCUGUAAGGGACCCUGAAACUGUGGAAUUGCGGAAGAGGGUAUUUGAAAACUUAUUGAAUAAAAAUGCUGCAAUUUUAAAUGUUUGGUAUGAACCUAUCUUGGAUGAAUACUCCAAAAUUUGUUAUGGCAAGAGGAGUUCAAGUUUGAGGACUGAGAUUGCAGAUGCAUAUUUGUAA